UUAGUUACUUGUGUGCUUUGAAGUCAGAACGGCGAGAUAAUCAGGGGGAUCCACUGCCCACAGCUGUUUGCUGUUCAUGAAGUAAAUCCGUUAGUAGACUUUCCAGCUACGACUGAGUACAAUGUCAGCCCGACCUCAACGUCGGAAGUCUGCCAGUGGACCUGGCUUCGUUGGAAUCAAAUUUUGUCAGGAAUGCAACAACAUGUUAUACCCGAAGGAGGACAAGGAAAGGAAGACUUUACUAUACUCGUGUCGUAACUGUGACUACUACCAGGAAGCAGAUAACAAUUGUAUCUACGUCAACAGAAUAGAGCACGAAGUAGAUGAGCUGACACAGAUUAUUGCUGACGUAGUGGCAGACCCUACUCUACCGCGUACCACGGAUCAUGAAUGUCCAAAAUGCCAUCAUAAGGAGGCAGUGUUCUUUCAGUCCCAGUCUCGGCGGUCAGAGGAUGGUAUGAAGCUCUACUACGUAUGCACGUCUCCGAACUGCGGGCACAAGUGGAUCCAGGACUAGACGGCUGCUGUGUGCUACAUGUACUCGCACUGUGCGUCUAUUAAUGCUGCUGUCUCACCACUCAAAUAUGUACAUAAAUACUUGACAAGAGAAACAAAACAAAAGCACUGAACAACAAGGGUUGGGGGGGGGGUCUUUCGAUAAUGAGAAAAUAAACACCUUGACAUUGUAAAAUCACAAACAACCUAAAAAAUAAUAAUGAAAACCUAGACACUGCUGUGCUGUUCAUUGCCACUGCCACCUGUCAUGAUCACAUACUGUAUGAGAAGCAUUCCUGCCCGCCUUAUUCACACAAAAAUAUAAAUACAAGCGUUUGCCUGAUCAUCUAUUCCUCAUGCUUCAUCAAUAUUCUGCUCUUGUUUAGGCCGUGUCACAAUCCAACACUAGUGGUGCCUUCGUCUUAGGCGGAAACUAUUGUUUCGUUCCUGCUGGGCAGCUCUCGCUUUCUCUCUCUCUCUCUCUCUCUCUCUCUCUCUCUCUCUCUCUCUCUCUCUCUCUCUCUCUCUCUCUCUCUCUUUCUCUCUUCUUCUUCUUCUUCUUCUUCUUCCUUGUCCUCUGUUCUUUCCACUGCUGUUUUAUUGUCUCAAUGCAUGCAUAUGUGUGUCUGUGUGUGCGUGUCCUGCUUGUGUCUCAAUCUGAGAAUUGCAGUAGGCUGAUUGUCAUUUUCUAAUCAGUACUCGUUGCUGCUGUUGUUGCUGCUGCUACUGAUGUCAUAGCGUUGUGUUCUGAUAAACAUAUGGGUACUGGUAUCAAAUUUAGAAGUUGCUCA